UUGUUCAACUGUCUCCUCGCCAGGUUGUUUGAGACUCACCCAGACGUUCAGGAGGUGUUCACGCCCUUCCGUGGCCUGCCCAUGGAGGAGGUCCAGCAGUCCAAGGAACUCCGCUCCCACGCCCUUAGAGUGAUGGGCUUCGUUGAGAAGGCGGUAAGGAGACUCGACCAGCCGGAGAAGUUAGUGCCACUCAUCCAGGAGUGCGGCCGCAAUCACUGCCAUUACGGCGCCCAAGUCCAACACAUUGAGCUGGUUGGUCCUCAGUUCUUGCAAGCCAUCAAGCCAGCCCUGGAGGAUCAGUGGACGGAGGAGGUUGAGGUGGCUUGGGGCCUCCUCAUGAUGAACAUUGCCUACGUCAUGAAGACCGCCAUGAAGAAAGAGAUGAUGAAGUAGAUGCAGACGGUGAAGGAGGUGAGGAAGUAGACGGUGAAGGAGAUGAUGAAGUAGACGGUGAAGGAGGUGAUGUAGUAGAUGGAGACGGUGAAGGAAGUGAUGAAGUAGACGGUGAAGGAGGUGAUGAAAUAGACGGUGAAGGAGGUGAUGUAGUAGAUGGAGACGGUGAAGGAAGUGAUGAAGUAGACGGUGAAGGAGGUGAUGAAGUAGACGGUGAAGGAAGUGAUGAAGUAGAUGGAGACGGUGAAGGAAGUGAUGAAGUAGACGGUGAAGGAGGUGACGAAGUAGAUGAAGAAGGUAAAGUAGACGAAAGGAAUUAAAUAGACGGAGAGGAUAAAGUAGAUCGGGGUAAUGAAGAUGAGAAAAGUGAGAGAUUUGUUGUUUCCAGUUAGACAGUGCAGAGUGAUAGUGUCGUAAGUCUGUGAGGUGACAAUUGCAUCCUCCUGACAGUACCCGUAAGCGCCAACAUUGAUGGAUCCCUUGGUGAGGUGAAGAAAAAAAAAUGCCCUGCAAUUGAUAAUUUUGCAAAAUGGAUUUAAGAACGAAAGCUUUGUCCAGAAAACUUUCGUGGGUAAGAAUUUUUCGCCAACUAGCCCUCAAAGGGUUAGAGAUACGCCUCUAAUGAAGUGAGAACUGCUUUCUAUGUGGUUGAACUCUUCUCAGCUAACUCGUGUUGGGUGUUCUUGCCGGAGUUCAAUUUGGUGAAUUUAAAACUGUUUUUUUCUAGGUGAGGAUUCUUCCCAGUAAGGCCUCAAAGGACAACAGUACUCUUUUAUGUUUUGAAGCUAGAACCAUAUACAGUAUACUGACAAGCCCCCUAAAGGUUGGUGGUUUCGACUGAUGUCUUUGUGAAUGGUGGAUUAGUUUAGUGACUAGGAUCUCGUAAGUCAUAUUUUAAGGAGACUGGCUGUAAGAGUAGUGUCCCUCUCUAUCUUGCUCAUUGAUGGACAGAAAACUUGUGAACAACCUUACCUAUGGUGCCUGUGUUAAACUCUACAGACAAGACUGAUGAACAGCCAACAGAUAGACAGAAAAGAAUUAAACAAGACUGUGUAGGAGAAAGGGGUAGUGACUUAGGCUCAAGUCUCAGGUGAAGAUGAUAAAAAUAAAGUAUGACAGAGAUGACCUAACUGGUCCUCUGCGGGUGUGAGUAGUGUGAUAGUGAUGGUGACAAAGAGUCGACCAAACUAAAAAUUGGAUUUGAAGAAAACGGAGAAACAGGAUGAGUAAAACACCGUGAAGUAUAAAAGAACGUUCCUUACUGGUAGCACAGAUAAGCUGAUGUGUCUGUACCAAACAAGUCAACACUUUCCACUGUGUUAAAGAUCAUAGAGAGUAUUAGAAUCAGUUACAUGUGUAGAAAACAAACCAUAAAAGAUAGAAGAACUAUAAACUGUUUGUUGUACACGUAAACAAUGACAGAUUUAUAUAUAUAAAUACAUAGUGUUGUUGUAUAUACCAUUGAUAUUACUCCUCACACCAACACAUUAUACAGCUUUGUACUGUAUGUCAUGCUCAUAUUUUAUCGUAUUUGCCUCUUAUGAUCAGUGUGGUCAGCAGGUGGUUAACACUGAGAGCAAGUCACCUUUCACUCAUUAUCAGGUGAGGUAGUGGCAGGUAUUACACCACUGGAGGAGGCGAGUGACUGUUUGUUGCUUUCUGUGUGAUGCCUUGGUGCUGUAACGGAGCUUAGAUACUCUCUCUCUCUCUCUCUCUCUCUCUCUCUCGUGAGGCCUGAUCAAUACACCAGUUCCGAAUCCACUUUCUAGGGAAGUGAACACGGUUAAUAAAUAGACAGAAAUGGAUAGAUAGAUAGAGUUUGAUUAAGACGUAGUUAGACUGAUGGAUAAAGACAGAUAUAAAUAGAUAAACAAAUAGAUAGAUUGAAAGAUAGAUAUUGAAUAAAUACCUGAUAGAUAAAUGAAUGGACAGAUAGACAUAGGAGACACGCUUGGAAUGACUCUCGGUAGCCUGAGUGUCACCCCUGACAACGCUCACGACGGUGCGGCAGAAGCGGGGACAAAAUAUUUGCCCCUCCACUAGUUAUGACUCAUUGAAGGAGAAGACCAGCAGUUAUUGAGCCGCUGAAGAACUGACAGUGUGAUCAUAGAAAAGAAUCCACGUUUGAAAUAAAGGAAUUAUGAGUAUAGGAGGUCACCACAGGUAGUAGGAAGGGUCAUGGAAUUAUGGGAGGUCACCACAGGUAGUAGGAAGGGUCAUGGAAUUAUAGGAGGUCACCACAGAUAGUAGGAAGGGUUAUGGAAUUAUGGGAGGUCACCACAGGUAGUAGGAAGGGUCAUGGAAUUAUAGGAGGUCACCACAGGUAGUAGGAAGGGUCAUGGAAUUAUGGGAGGUUACCACAGGUAGUAGGAAGGGUCAUGGAAUUAUGGGAGGUUACCACAGGUAGUAGGAAGGGUCAUGGAAUUAUGGGAGGUUACCACAGGUAGUAGGAAGGGUCAUGGAAUUAUGGGAGGUCACCACAGGUAGUAGGAAGGGUCAUGGAAGUAUGGGAGGUCACCACAGGUAGUAGGAAGGGUCAUGGAAUUAUGGGAGGUCACCACAGGUAGUAGGGAUGGUCAUGGAAGUAUGGUAGGUCACCACAGGUAGUAGGAAGGGUCAUGGAAGUAUGGUGGGUCACCACAGGUAGUAGGGAUGGUCAUGGAAGUAUGGUAGGUCACCACAGGUAGUAGGAAGGGUCAUGGAAGUAUGGUAGGUCACCACAGGUAGUAGGGAUGGUCAUGGAAGUAUGGUAGGUCACGACAGGUAGUAGGGAUGGUCAUGGAAGUAUGGUAGGUCACCAUAGGUAGUAGGGAUGGUCAUGGAAGUAUGGUAGGUCACCACAGGUAGUAGGAAGGGUCAUGGAAGUAUGGUAGGUCACCACAGGUAGUAGGGAUGGUCAUGGAAGUAUGGGAGGUCACCAUAGGUAGUAGGAAAGGCCAUGGAAGUAUGGGAGGUCACUAGGGCUUGUAGUAAGGCCAUUUCAAUAUUUGUAAUAACGUUGACCUUAAAUGACUUGACCUUCAACCACGUUCUUAGCUAUUCUGACCUUGACCUGGUUAACUGUGACCUUGACCUGGUCCACUGUAACCCGGAACUGGUUCACCGUGACCUUGACCUGGUUCACUGUGACCUUGACCUGGUUCACCGUGACCCUGACCUGGUUCACUGUGACCCUGACCUGGUUCACUGUGACCUUGACCUGGUUCACUGUGACCCUGACCUGGUACACUGUGACCUUGACCAUGGUUCACUGUGACCUUGACCUGUUUCACUGUGACCUUGAUCUGGUUCACUGUGACCUUGACCUGGUUCAUUGUGACCUUGACCUGGUUCACCGUGACCCUGACCUGGUUCACUGUGACCUUGACCUGGUUCACUGUGACCUUGACCUAAUAUGUAUGUGUAGAGAUUCAUUAGCCCCCUUCGGUGAGUUAAGAAUUUAGUGCAUGUUUUGAAUGUGUGUGUGUGUGUGUGUGUGGUUUUGCCUCUGUGUUUGCUCGUAUGUAUAUGAAUGUGUAUUUAUGUAUGUGUGUGUGUGUGUGUGUGUGUGUGUGUGUGUGUGUGUGUGUGUGUGUUUUUGCCUCUGUGUUUGCUCGUAUGUAUAUGAAUGUGUGUGUGUGUGUGUGUGUGUGUGUGUGUGU